CUCGAACGCGUAAAUCCGUCCGCAGUUAUUGCAACGGAUCAGACAAUAACCAAUUGUCUUACAUCGUAUUCUAGCAAUCGCGUUCCCCAGCCAAGCUCGAGUGUGACGGCCAAGAGGAGCUGCAGACCCGUACAUAGUUAUGGAGCCCCCGGACGACUUGUCACCAUCUCAAUUCCCCUCCUCCUCCUCCUCCUCCCACUCACAUAGUCAUUCAGACGAACCAAUGCCACCAGGCCGAAAACGUGUUGGCUUUACAUCAGAGACCACGCCUCCAGACGACACCCCCCCGUCCUCCUCCUACACUCCACCGCAUGCUCAAGACUCUGGGUCUGGAGGGCAUGGCACCCCUCUCUCCGGACUUCGAUCCGACGUUUCCCACGAGGAGCUGUCGCAAGAAAUUCAUAGAGCUUUUGGCCAACCGUACGUUCCAAAACCACGACCGGUUAUCAGGCGAAAUCGUACCCCUCCCCAAUUUUACCUUGGCGAGCCACCUGAAGAGGAUGAAAAUGAUGAAAAGAGGAAGUCUGGGAUUGCUGCCCAGCAAAGGGCUACUCGACUUGCAAGAAGCGUUGGCGCAUACUCUGCCUCUGCACCUGGCUCUCGCCGCAACUCCCACGAAAGAUUGAUAUCAACUCCGCCUACCAAUAACAUUCCAUUACGCAAAAUUGCCCAUGAAACUCCUGGUGAUACUACCGAUGAAGAUGACGACCUAGGUUUAGCGACUGCUAAGAAGGAAUUUCUGGAACAGGCGGACCAGCUCCUGAGACAGCACACCAUUCGACAUGCGCCUGAAAUAAGAUCGGAAGAUCUUUUCCAUUCAGAGAUGGCUGAACUAAAUUCCGGCCAAGUCACUCCAGUCAAUGAGAUGGAGAUGGAGGAUGAACAUGUUCCACGGCCGUCCAAGUUCCGAACUGGCGUCUUGGGAACGUUGCUCAAGGCUUCUGCCCACACUCCUCUGCCCCCACGGCGGAACACAAAGGUUACAGGGCAUGGGAAGAAUCCGAGCACGGGUAGCAUUACAUUUAGUGGUGCAUCUACCGCUGCCAACAGUCCAACAUCAUCCCCUCCCACAUCUGGCACUUCCACGCCCCUCCAUGCUCACGAUCAUGGAAAUCACUGGUGUAACAGAAGUGCUAAUGGGUCUACAGCGUCGAUCUCGAAGCUUCUCGAGUCGUCAUCGAUGCUUGCAACCACUGGCCAGAUGAGGUUUGGUCAAGAGAUGGGUGAGAAGUAUAAGAAGAGUCGGCUGGGCAUGGGCAAGCGGAACAAGUCUAGCACGUCUAUUGCUUCCGCGUUCAGCAAACUAAGCAAGCCUAGCCGGGAUGAACAAAUCAAAAUCAAAAUACAUCUCGCCGGAACGCUAGCUCGCCAAAAUUACCUUCGUAAACUCUGCAAGGCCCUCAUGAUGUAUGGCGCUCCUACCCAUCGACUGGAGGAGUACAUGAACAUGUCGGCUAGAGUACUGGAGAUCGAGGCUCAGUUCUUGUAUAUUCCAGGGUGUAUGAUCAUCUCAUUUGACGACUCUUCUGUUCAUACUACAGAGGUUAAGCUUGUUCGAACGUCACAAGGAGUUGAUCUAGGAAAGCUUCGUGACGUUCACGAAAUCUACAAAGACGUCGUCCACGAUAGGAUUGGAGUCGAAGAAGCAACACCCCGCCUCGAAGCCAUUAUCGCUCGCAAACCUAAGUUCAGUAAUUGGCUCCGUGUACCAAUAUACGGCCUGGCAUCCGCUACUGUCGGACCUUUCGCGUUCGAAGCGCGGCCUAUCGACCUCCCGUUCUGCUUCAUCCUAGGUUGCAUACUCGGCUGGCUGCAACUCAUUGUCGCCCCACAAAAUGAGAUGAUCUCUAACGUAUUCGAAAUCAGUGCAGCAGUUAUUACUUCAUUCAUCGCUCGCGGUCUUGGCUCGAUCACGCACGACGGCAAGGAAAUCUUCUGCUUCAGCGCCAUGGCACAAUCUAGCAUUGCUCUCAUUCUUCCUGGAUUCACUGUAUUAUCUGCCAGUCUGGAACUACAAUCAAGACAUAUUGUAGCGGGCUCGGUCCGCAUGGUAUAUGCCAUUAUCUACUCUCUCUUCCUCGGGUUUGGCAUCACCAUCGGCACGGUGCUGUUCGGCAUCAUGUACAAAGAUGCAACGUCGGCAACUCAUUGCACCAAUCCCAUGUCCUCACACUGGUAUUACUUCUUCGUUUUAGCGUUCUCCCUUUGCCUCAUCGUCAUCAACCAGGCCAAAUGGAAACAGGUUCCGGUAAUGCUGGUCAUUGCCCUCAUUGGCUAUGUCGUCAACUUCCACAGUUCGCAAUACUUCAAUGGAAAUGCACAAGUCAGCAACACCCUCGGCGCACUUGCCAUCGGCGUCUCCGCCAACCUCCACGCGCGCUUCGGUCGCUAUAUCGAAAACUGGAGUCUCGACGUCUGGGAAAUGAGUCUCCGACCGCGCUGGAUUAAACUCAACAAGCGCUGGCUACGAGGCCGACACGGCACAUCCCCCAACUUCCACUGGCUAAAUUCAUCCCCAACUCAAACACACUACCGCUCCUCCUCCGUCACUUCCGACUCCUACAUUCCGUACACGCGCAAAAUCGGCUACGGCCUCGCGGCCGCAGCAAUGCUACCGGCUAUCUUCGUACAAGUCCCGUCAGGCCUCAGCGUCAAUGGUUCGCUUGUCAGUGGGAUUACCUCCGCUGACCAGAUCACCAGGAAUACGACUGGCAUCACCACAGUCACGGCUGCUGAUUCUUCAACAAAUGUUAAUCGUGUGGCGCUGAAUGUGGGUUUUUCGGUUAUUCAAGUCGCAAUAGGGAUUACCGUGGGCUUGUUUUUGGCGGCGUUGUUGGUGUAUCCGCUGGGCAAGAAGAGAAGUGGGCUGUUCAGCUUCUGAAGACUCCGUUUCGUUUGUUGGAGGUUUUAAUGCUGAGAUAUAGAUUAUUCCCUGGUG